UGGCAGCAGACGACGUCCUCCAGGCGUAAACACUUUCCUGCCGAAGUUACAUCAUUACCUGCAUCAUGUUCUCGGCUGUAAAGUUCGCUAGGGCAGCUCGCCCAUCAGUAACUGGGUUUCUGAGAUAUUGCAGUGCACAAGUCGGAAGUAAAGAAUAUUUCGAUAAACUUGUGGAAAAAAACAAAGUUGUUGUGUUUAUGAAGGGAACUCCAGAUAUGCCUAGGUGUGGAUUCAGCAAUGCAGUUGUCCAAAUUAUGCGAAUGCAUGGUGUAAACUAUGAUGCUCACAAUGUGUUGGCAGAUGACAGUGUUCGACAAGGAAUUAAGGAAUAUUCAGACUGGCCAACAAUUCCACAAGUGUUCAUAAAUGGAGACUUUGUUGGUGGGUGUGAUAUCCUUCUACAAAUGCAUCAGAGCGGAGAGUUGAUUGAUGAGCUACAGAAAGUUGGGAUCACCUCAGCCUUAUUAGAGCAAGAAAUGGAAGAUGAUAAAGGAGAAAAGAAAUGAAACAUUGUGGAAUUACCAUACAAAAAAAGAAGAUUAGACUUGUAGAACUAUACUAUAAAAUCUUUGGGUACAAGGCUCGUCUUCAACAUUCUACUUCAUAGAAAAUAAUGUUUGAUAAUUCACUCUAUCACAAAAAGACUCAGUUACCUAAUGUAUACAUGUUUGUUAUUGUACAGAAUAUAAAUAAAUUGCUAUUCUCUUG